UCCUGACGCAACUAAAUCAUUAUUGCAUAUUGCUAAGUUUUAGAACAUAAUACAACGAAAAUGGCUCCUCUUUUAUCUAAAACAAUGUGGGAAACGAUGGAGGAAGAAACUCAGGCAAUGAUGGCAGUGUGGCCGGAAAUUGUUCAUGACAUCAUGGAACAUAUCAAGAACAAUCCUGAUAUUGAUAAGUGGAUGAACAAAGUAUUACAAUAUAAUGUCUCAGAAACAAAGCAUCUUCAUAGCUUAACAGUAGUUUAUGCAUAUAAAUCGAUAACACCUAGUGAACAGCAGACAGAAGAUAACAUUCGCUUAGCAAGGAUUUUAGGAUGGUGUACGGAAAUGACGUUGGCCUAUUUGAUCAUGAUUGACGACAUUUUAGAUCAGGCAAUAUUUCGCAGAGAAAAACCAUGUUGGUAUCGACAUGACGGAACAGAUUUAAUGGCAAUCAAUGAUGCUUUAUUGUUACAGAGCAAUGUGUAUUAUUUAAUAGAAAAACAUUUUAAAGGGAAAGAAUGUUACAUUAAUUUAGUAGAAACAUUUCUACAGGCUACAUUUGAUACACAAAUAGGGCAGUUUUUGGAUAUGUCCUCGACUUCAAAGAAAUUUAAUCUGGAUCGAUUUACAAUGAAUCGAUAUAAUUCCAUCGCUUACUCCAAAUCAUCAGAAAUAGCAUUUUUAAUGCCAGUAUUUUUAGCAAUGCAUUAUGCUGGAAUCGAAAAAGUUCAAGAGAUGUUCAAGCAAUCAGAAACUAUCUUGUUAGAGUUGGGACAGUUUUAUCAAAUUCAAGACGAUUGCUUAGGUUGCUUUUUCGAUUUGCGCAAAGAUAAUACUGAUAUAGAAGAAGGAAAAUGUAUGUGGUUAAUUGUUAAAGCUCUUGAACUCGUCACUCCGGAACAGCGUAAAACUUUAGAAGAAUGUUACGGAGUUUUGGAUCCGGAGAAAACAAAAUGCGUAAAACAGCUCUACAUUGAUUUGGAUUUGCAGAAUGCUUAUUUUAAACACGAAAAAGAAACAUAUAAUGCAAUAACUGCACUGAUAGAGAAAAUAUCAUACAAAAAUCUACAACAUUUUUUCAUGGGUUUAUUAGAGAAGCUUUAUGGCAGACGAAUCUGUUUUGGAUAAACAUAUCUUAAAUACUACUAUUUUAAGCAAGUAUUUCUUUUAAGCAUGUUUAACCUAAAUUUUGAGCAAUGUAAAAAAUUAAUAAAUUCUAUGUUUGCUACAUAUUAAAAAUAGUUUGUCAAAUAUUAAUGUAAA